GGGAUGGGGGCCGGAGCCAACAUGGAGCCCUCAGUGGGACGAGGGUGAAACUGCCGUUGCUGGCGGUUCCCGUUCUCUCGCCCCAUCAUGUUGGUGCACUUAUUUCGGGUUGGGAUUCGGGGCGGCCCUGUCCCAGGCAGGCCGCUACUACCCUUCUGCUUCCAGACAUUCUCGGCCGUCAGGUGCCCUGAUGGCCGCCACAGCUCCUACCUCCUCAGGGCUGUGGCCCAGCUGCGGUCCCAGCUCCGGGCCCGCCUCCCUCGAGCACCCCCAGCUCCCAGCCAAAGCCCCUCUGCCUGGCGCUGGGUUGGGGGUGUCCUCCUGGGCCCCGUGGUGCUGAGUAAGUGCCCCCGCCUCUGCCUUGUGGCACUGUGUGAGGCAGAAGAGGCCCCUCCUGCCUGCUCCAGACCCUAUGUCACGGAGUCCCACUUUAACUGGAAGCUCUUCUGGCAGUUUCUGCGCCCCCACCUGCUGGUCCUGGGGGUAGCCAUUGUGCUGGCACUGGGUGCAGCACUGGUGAAUGUGCAGAUCCCCCUGCUCCUGGGCCAGCUGGUGGAGAUCGUGGCCAAGUACACGAGGGACCACGUGGGCAGCUUCCUGACUGAGUCCCGGAACCUCAGCACAAACCUGCUCAUCCUCUAUGGCAUCCAGGGACUGCUGACCUUCGGGUACCUCGUCCUACUGUCCCGCAUUGGCGAGCGCAUGGCCGUGGACAUGCGGAGGGCCCUCUUCAGCAACCUGCUCCGACAAGACAUUGCUUUCUUUGAUGCAAAAAAGACAGGGCAGCUGGUGAGCCGAUUGACAACUGACGUGCAGGAAUUUAAAUCAUCCUUCAAACUUGUCAUCUCCCAGGGGCUGCGAAGCUGCACCCAGGUGGCUGGCUGCCUGGUGUCCCUGUCCAUGCUGUCCCCGCGCCUCACGAUGCUGCUGAUGGUGGCCAUGCCCGCCCUGAUGGGAGUGGGCACCCUCAUGGGCUCAGCUCUCCGAAAGUUAUCUCGCCAGUGUCAGGAACAGAUCGCCAGGGCAACGGGCGUAGCGGAUGAGGCCCUGGGCAAUGUUCGGACCGUGCGAGCCUUCGCCAUGGAGCAGCGGGAGGAGGAACGCUACGGCGCAGAGCUGGAGGGGUCCCGCUGUAAGGCAGAGGAGCUGGGCAGAGGCAUCGCCAUGUUCCAAGGGCUCUCCAACGUUGCCUUCAACUGCAUGGUCCUGGGCACCCUGUUUAUUGGGGGCUCCCUCGUGGCUGGACAGCAGCUGACGGGGGGAGACCUCAUGUCCUUCCUGGUGGCCUCCCAGACAGUGCAGAGGUCCAUGGCCAACCUCUCUGUCCUGUUUGGUCAGGUGGUGCGGGGGCUCAGCGCGGGCGCCCGGGUCUUCGAGUACAUGACUCUGAGCCCCAGCAUCCCGCUGUCCGGGGGCUGCUGCGUGCCCAGGGAGCAGCUGCACGGGUCCAUCACGUUUCACAACGUCUGCUUCAGUUACCCCUGCCGCCCCGGUUUCCAGGUGCUCAAAGACUUUACCCUCACUCUGCCCCCUGGCAAGAUCGUGGCCCUCGUGGGCCAGUCUGGGGGAGGAAAGACCACCGUGGCUUCCCUGCUUGAGCGCUUCUACGACCCCACGGAGGGCAAGGUGACGCUGGACGGGUGGGACCUGCGCACGCUGGACCCCUCGUGGCUCCGGGGCCAAGUCAUCGGCUUCAUCAGCCAGGAGCCAGUCCUGUUCGGAACAACGAUCAUGGAGAACAUCCGUUUUGGGAAGCUGGAUGCUUCUGAUGAAGAGGUUUAUGCGGCCGCCCAGGAAGCCAAUGCCCAUGAGUUCAUCACCAGCUUCCCUGAGGGCUACAACACCAUAGUUGGUGAGCGGGGCGCAACCCUGUCUGGUGGCCAGAAGCAGCGCCUGGCCAUUGCCCGCGCCCUCAUCAAGCAGCCCGCGGUGCUGAUCCUGGAUGAGGCGACCAGCGCGCUGGACUCAGAGUCCGAGCGGGUUGUGCAGGAGGCCCUGGACCGCGCCAGCGCUGGCCGCACUGUCCUGGUCAUCGCCCACCGGCUCAGCACCGUCCGUGGGGCCCACCGCAUCGUCGUCAUGGCCCACGGCCAUGUCUGCGAGGUGGGGACCCAUGAAGAGCUCCUGAAGAAAGGCGGGCUCUACGCAGAGCUCAUCCGGAGACAGGCCCUGGAUGCCCCGCCUCCUGAGACGCCCUGAGGUCCUGGGAACCGCCACCCCAAGUCCUGAGAGCCGCCCUCUGAGGUCUGGUUGCUGCUGAGCGUUAGCGCCCAGGGCUGGCGCUCAGCUCGGGGAGCUCACAGGGCCUGAGCCCCCGGGAGGGCCAGGUGCUGGGUGUGGGCUGCCGCCACCGCUCCCCUGCUCACAAUAAAACCCGCCGAGCACUGGGCUGGGGGGAGGUUGGGACUGCUCCCAUCCACUCCCGCUCUGGCCGCCAGGCUGCCUGCCUCCUGCCAGAGCCACAGAGUCAUUGGGCUGCAGAGGGGAGGAGCCAGAGUUCCCUGGGCCCUGCUCUGUUCUCUGUUUUUGCCCAGACCCUCCCCACCCCUCUCAGAAACCCGGCCGAGUCCCCACUCCACCUGACAGCCUAGUGUCCCCCCAGCUGUGGGGAAUUUUACAAAUCAGUGUCGGAGGGGUAUGGGAAUUCAGACUAGGGUCUUCCCCACACCCAUGCCAGGACCUCGCUUUCCUAGACUGACCCCCGACACUGCUCCAUCCCCACUGCUUCUCUGGGCCCUAGGAGAAGGAGUCCACCCCUUGUGCCAACCCCUCAAACCCAUGGUCCCCUUCCUCAGAGCAACUUCCCUUCCUUCUCCCUGCUCCAUUAACACAGAGCUUUUGCUCGAUUUUGCCCUCCCCCCAUCCAAAUGGGACAGAUGACUAACACACACGCACAACCACCCUUGGGGAGGGUUGGGAGGGGUGGGUGCACUGUGGACGGUCCCACGAGGAGCUCCCAGCCAGUCUGGCUAUCUUACCACUGCCCCAGCCCUGCGCACCUCGAGUCUGUCACCCGGUGAGAUUGUGCACAGCCCUACUUCUACGGGAGGACACCCAGCUGUACAGAGAAGGAGCUGACACACACCCCAGACUCCAGCCACGGGGCAUAUGGUGCCAACAGUCACCAAACCACUAGGGAGCCGUUAAUGCUUAGCCCCUCAGGCUGACAAAAUACACUCAGUCUAAGAAGGAGUGGUCACUGCCAGAGCAGGAGAAGGUGGGACCUGAGCCUCACCUUGAAAGAGGACAGGCCACGUGCCCAUGCGGCAUGAGUCUGUGGCCCUUAAGCUAUGAAUGAGGCGGGCCUGGAUUCUCUUCAGAUUCUAAGGACCUGGGAGCAGCCAGGGUUUCCCACCAGCCCUCCUCAUGGACUUUUAGAGCCAGGUGCCUCUCCUGCCCUGGUUCUGCCCAUGUCACUUCCCACCGGGAGACCUUCCCCCCACAACAGCCAUGUCCAGGCUGAGGACUCCACUGAGCUCUGCUCCCUAGGGUGGGGAAGAGGGUUUGCCUGUGCCGGACCUUUGAAGCCAGCCAAGCAUUUUGUAUUUAUCCUGUGGCACAGAAGGGUGAUGCUGUGUUUCAGGGGGGCGGCAGCUGUGUGCAAGAUGAACCUGGAAGAGAGGUGUGAGUGCAGGAGCUAGGGGUGAAAGACCCCGCAGCCAGUUCUGGGUGUGGUUUGGGACCAGAUGCUACUUUGGGAUAAACCACCUGAAAUAUCCCAGGCCCAUGGCCGCUCUGGUUUGGUAUCCCACUUCCUGACUGAUCAGAAGUCACAUCCCAGGGCAGCCACAGCCCAGGAAGCCGAGCGCGGGCUGGCUCCGAGUUGCUUUGCCACUAAACACACCCCUAGUGCAACCAAGAGCAGGCCUCAGCUCCCCAGCCAAGUCCACACUGGCCUGCCUGGCCCCACCCUGAAGGGAGAGCCGGCCAAGGCGAGCUCCAGCCCAGCCUCAGGCUGCCCGAGACACCUGGCGCCAGAUUCUAGGUCUCUCCUUACGUCUUCAGGGUGGCCUUUCUGAAUCCUGCCUCCCCCCAAGGAAAGUAGGGAGAUCCAUGGCGAGCCCUGAGCGGGAAGGCCAGGAGCUGCACACUGGCCCUGGAGCCUUAACCUUGACCCUGACUCCCACAGCUAGUCAACAGGGGUCGUAAGCCCGGCUGUGCUUCAUCUCGAAAGCUUGUUUUAAGAGUUUAAAUGGGAUAAUCUGUGGUAAAGUACUUAUAAGUCACCAUGCCACAGCCUCAGAAGGUGGUCACAUCUGUGCAAUAAACUGUGUUAUCCACUCA